AUGGCUGCCACUCCUUCCACUCAUUCGCCUGGUGCGCUUGCCUUCACCAAGCCACGACUGCUCUUGGUGGUGUCCCUGGCCUUGACAUGGUGGGUAGCCUCGCUCUUACCACAUUACAAGCCCAUGAUCAAGGCCCAAAUAAACUCCCGUCUCGAAGAAGCAAGGCAGAGGAUACCAUCCAUAAAGGUUGACUGGACUCCUACCGACGACCCGAGGGCCGCCUACAAUGCCUCCAAGGUCGCCCUGAUCAUCGAGCCGCGGGUCAUGCCCCACCUCGUGCCCCAACUGCUACACAUGAUCGCAGUUGUGCCACCAGACUGGCGUUUCCUAUUUAUUGGCUCCGAUAAGAGCGUCACCCUUUUGGGCAGGAGCACUUCAGUAAAGCACCAGCAGGUCGUCGGCAAGCUAGAUCUGAUGGUCCUCCCCGAGCCUUGGGAUAUCUCCUCCAAGGAGAUGGUAUACCGCACUUUGACGGACAUGCGUUUCUACGACGAGUUCUUGCCUGGUGUGGAGUGGAUCCUGAAAUUCGAGUACGACAGUAUCAUGUGUGCCAACUCGGAGGUCGGCUUGAACGAGUGGCUCGACUGGCACUGGGCCGGUGCCCCGAGAGCGGAAACUGACCGUUUCGCUGGAAACGGAGGACUGUCUUUGCGUCGUGUGACCGCCAUUCGGCAAGUCCUGGGUUUCCAGGCGCGAUACAACGACACCGAGCCGGAGGAUGAGUGGUUUGGCAAGCGCCUGUACAUUAUGCCUGGGUUAAAAGUCGCCUCAGGUCUGGAAGGUGCCCUGGCUGUCGAAAACGUCUAUAUGGAGAAACCUAUGGGCUUCCACGUUCAAGAAAUGGGCGAUAACUUACCUGCCGAGGUUUGGGAGAGCCACGAAAGAAGGAAGAAGAUUCUGGAGUACUGCCCUGAGCUACACACCGUCUUGAAAGCCAAGCUGGAUCGUGAGAGGUGCGCUGGAGAUACCAAGGACGGAGUCAUCCACCCCACACCCGAAGAGAAGGAACAGGAGAGACUUAAGCAGCAGGCCGAACAAGAAGCCAGGAGAAAAGCUCAAGAAGCAGCCUUGAAGAAGUUGCAGGAUGAACGCAAGCAGAAAGAGGCCGAAGAAGCGAAGAAGAAGAAGGAAGAGGAGGAAGCGAAGAAGAAAGAGGAAGAAAAGAAGAAGCAGGACGAGGAAGCAGCAAAGAAGAAGGAAGAAGAAACCAAGAAGAAACAACAGGAUGAAGAAACGAAGAAGAAACAACAAGAGGAAGCAACAAAGAAACAACAGGAGGAGGAAGCAAAGAAGUUGGCCGGGAGCCCCUUAGCACCAGCACUCACCGCAGACCAAGCUUGGCAAUCGACUGGACCACCCGGGGCGAACACUCCCAAGGAUCCGCCUAUAGCCCCCGAACGCAAGCUAGAGAUCCCCGCCGCCGCCAAAGCAGAGGCAUCGUCUGCUGAGAAGGACGCAACCGCAGGCCCUGGAGGGCUUGCUCAUGACGCCCCCGUGGAUAUCGCAGUGAACCACCCUGUCGCGGCCAGUCAAGGAGCACCCCCGACGGAAGAAGAGCUGUCCAAGCUAUUAGACGGAGUUGACUGA